UGUAUCCGUCUUGGUGGUUUUAAGGCCUGCUUAUCCCGUACUAUCCUCCAUCCAGUAUCUGCUCAUCACACGCACCCGCCAACUGCCGUUAUGCCACGUCCGACACCUUUCCCCAUCCCAACAAUAAGGGUGUGCCGGGACAGCGGCGCUUUUUGGCAGGGUUGGAAAACGUGGGAGCAGCGCUCUGAAUCCUCUCAUAGGGCGUUUCGUUUACACUCCAUCAUCAUCACCCGCACCCCGUCACAUACUGUGCCACUGAAUCACUGCCCAGUGUCGGCACCAAUUGCUGUGUGGCCAGUCUGGCUAGCAUGUGUCUUUGCAUUUCACAUCCAAUCCACGCAGGAUGCGGCACACAUGAUCAUGAGUCUCAGGAAACCGCCUCCUUCCCUGGGUGCGUAA